AUUGGGUCUGGGUGGAAGAGUACAUUGGAGUGCAUCUGCUGUGUUGUCUCUCCACACGCUCCAGUGUGCAAUGCAGAGCAGCGCAGGAACAGUCUUCAUCUCUCCCCACCAGAGAACUUCCUCCUGCAUGGACACAUAACCGAGCGCACGGCUGCCAUCGCGGGUGUCGCCUGCACCCACACCCCUUCAUCACCUCCAUCUCCCGCCGCAACCAUCUCUGAAGUGGCUGCCUCACCGGGGCGGACCGGAGGCCACCCGGUCUCUGAUCUGGUCUCCGGAGUCGGUGUCGGAGACUCGACGCGCUCUUUCGGGGCCAGACUGUGCGCCACCCGAAUCCGACCGGAGCCGCCGCGCACACUCGAGGCGGACGUGAUGGAGAGGGACGUCAUGGACAAGCUGGAGGACAUGUCGUCCGUGUAUGACUUCGACCCCAUCACCGGCAACAUCCCCGCCACAAAGGUGGAAGUCACCGUCUCAUGCAGGAAUCUUCUGGACAAAGACACAUUCUCAAAGUCAGAUCCAUUGUGUGUCCUCUACACCCAAGGCGUGGAGACCAAACAAUGGAGAGAGUUCGGUAGGACGGAGGUGAUAGACAACACCCUGAAUCCUGACUUUGUGCGGAAGUACAUCUUGGACUACUUCUUCGAAGAAAAGCAGAACCUUCGCUUUGACUUGUAUGAUGUCGACUCCAAAAGUCCAGACCUGUCCAAACACCCCGCAGAACUCAACGACUUUUUGGGUCAGAUGUUCUGUACUCUCGGGGAGAUCGUCGGAUCGCCAGCCAGCCGACUGGAGAAACCUCUUGGAGGGAUUCCAGGGAAGAAAUGUGGCACUAUCAUCCUGUCUGCAGAGGAGCUGAGCAACUGUCGAGACAGCGCCACCAUGCAGUUCUGUGCCAACAAGCUGGACAAGAAGGAUUUCUUCGGCAAGUCAGACCCGUUCAUGGUUUUCUACCGAAGCAACGAAGAUGGAACGUUUACUAUCUGCCAUAAAACGGAGGUGGUGAAGAACACAUUAAACCCUGUGUGGCAGCCAUUCACCAUUCCCGUGCGAGCACUCUGCAACGGCGACUACGACAGAACAAUCAAAGUGGAGGUGUAUGAUUGGGAUAGAGACGGCGGCCACGACUUCAUUGGGGACUUCACUACCAGCUAUCGUGAGCUUGCUCGAGGGCAGAGCCAGUUCAAUGUGUACGAGGUGAUUAAUACCAAGAAGAAAAUGAAGAAAAAAAAGUACGUCAACUCUGGAACUGUCACCCUGCUCUCCUUCUCUGUGGAGUCAGAGUUCACCUUCUUAGAUUACAUCAAAGGAGGGACGCAGAUCAAUUUCACAGUGGCUAUCGAUUUCACAGCAUCUAACGGUAACCCCUCACAGUCCACCUCUCUACACUACAUGAACCCGUACCAGCUGAACGCCUAUGCCAUGGCCCUGAAGGCCGUUGGUGAGAUCAUUCAGGACUACGACAGCGACAAGAUGUUCCCUGCUCUUGGAUUUGGAGCCAAAAUUCCCCCUGAUGGCCGUGUGUCGCAUGAAUUUCCCCUGAAUGGAAACAUGGAAAAUCCCUACUGCAACGGCAUCGAGGGAAUCUUAGAGGCCUAUCAUCAGAGUCUGAAGACGGUACAACUAUAUGGGCCGACCAACUUUGCACCUGUGGUGAAUCAUGUUGCUAGGUAUGCAGCUGCAGUGCAAGACGGCUCCCAGUACUUUGUGCUCCUCAUCAUCACAGACGGAGUCAUUUCGGACAUGGCUCAGACCAAAGAGGCCAUUGUGAAUGGCGCCAAGCUUCCAAUGUCCAUUAUCAUCGUUGGAGUGGGUCAGGCGGAAUUUGACGCUAUGGUAGAGUUGGAUGGCGACGACAUCCGGGUCUCCUCCCGAGGGAAACUGGCCGAGAGAGACAUUGUCCAGUUUGUUCCCUUCAGAGACUACAUGGACCGGACAGGUAACCACGUGUUGAGCAUGGCCCGCCUGGCGAAAGACGUGCUGGCCGAGAUCCCGGACCAGUUCAUUUCUUACAUGAAGAGCCGGGGCAUUAAACCCAACCCCGCCCCGCCUCCCUACACGCCCCCCGGACACACACACCACCACACACACAUCUGACGGCGCAUCUUCAUCAGGUUGCUUUCUCUUGUUGAGAGGCUGCAAACUUUCCAGGACCCGACGGCAAAAAGCCCUUUUUUUUUUUUAAUCAAAACUGCGGCGUAGACUGUUUUGCGUCUCAAAAGGGCAACAGGUUAUUUAUUUUUUUCCUGGGGGUGGGGGGACAAAAAUCUUGUUGUGGUUGAAACCCGUGCCUGUCUGUGGUCGUUUCUGGAAAAGGUUUCAAGUGAACUGUGACCUGAAGCUCUGCCCUGUCAGUCAUCAGUCUGGCCACUCGCUGAUCUUUUCAGGCGCUUUUUCCCGUCUGGAACAAGUUUUUAUAUCUGGAGACGAUCUCCAUGUUGACGGGGGGAAAAUUCACAGUUUUAGUUCUGGAAACAUCAGUCAGGUAUUUAACGGCAUCAGUUUCUAAGAGCACUCCACAUCUUUGAUUCUCAAGUAUUUUUCAGAGUGGCAUGGGUAUUUAAUAAGACUGUUUAAAAAGCAUCGUCUAUUUUUGUUUGAUUGCAUAUAAAAACAAUAGUUGCCCAUUUCAACUUCACAGAUAACUAUAUUUUAUCAAAAUCUAAUUUACUUAAACUAGUCGAACAUAUUAAGAGUAUUUCUAUAGUUUUUACAGUUUUCUUUCAAAAUCCCGCAAUUUUUAUGCCAAUUGUAUGACUUAUUUCUGGAAACGAUCCAUUGGAAGUUUGGCUUGGGAAAUAUUGAAAGUUGGACACCUUCCAUGGGUAUUAAUCAGACUGGUUUACUUUUUUAAUUAUUUUUAUUUCAGUCUCUCCGGUAUAUUUUGCUGCCUUUUUUUUGCCUGAAUUUGCAGCAGAUUUUUCAGAAAGUUAUUGCAAAAAUUGAGGCUUCUUGAAUUUAAAUUUGUUGUCGACCUUGCCGUGACGCUCGGGGUCGCAUGACGGCGAUAUGUUUUGGCGUGUUCCAAAGAUUCAGAAAGCCGAGGAGACAACAUGCAGGUCAAAGGCAUUUAUUGGUGUUAGGGUAGGGGUAUCCAAACUAUGGCCCGCCAGUAUCUUCAAUUUGUCACAAGUUCAAUAAGGAAUCUGGCUUUCAAUUAAUUUUAAAAGUCAAUUUAUAUGCUGCUGUUUUGUCACAAUCUUGUGGGUAAUUCAGGCUCAUGAACAAGUACAGCAUUUACUUAGCCAACCCAACGCAAACAACCUUCCCUAGUCAUGGUACAAAAAAAAAAUUCGAUUCAUUUUAUAAGUCCAUUUAUAUGCUGCUGUUUUGUCAAAAUCUUGUGGGUAAUUCAGGCUCAUUACCGAGUACAGCAUUUACUUAGCUAACCCAAUGCAAACAAUCUUCGCUAAUCAUGGUGCAAAAAAAAUUCAAUUCAUUUUAAAAGUCCAUUUAUAUGCUGCUGUUUUGUCAAAAUCUUGUGGGUAAUUCAGGCUCAUUACCGAGUACAGCAUUUACUUAGCUAACCCAAUGCAAACAACCUUCCCUAGUCAUGGUGCAAAAAAAAAAGUUCAAUUCAUUUUAAAAGUCCAUUUAUAUGCUGCUGUUUUGUCAAAAUCUUGUGGGUAAUUCAGGCUCAUUACAGAGUAUAGCAUUUACUUAGCUAACCCAAUGCAAAAAACCUUCCCCAGUCAUUGUGCAAAAAUAAAAAUAAAAUCUAUUCAUUUUAGAAGUCCAUUUAUAUCCUGCUGUUUUGUCACAAUGUUGUGGGUAAUUCAGGCUCAUUACCAAGUACAGCAUUUACUUAGCUAACACAAUGCAAACAACCAUCCGUAGUCAUGGUGCAAAAUAUAUAUAUAUAUAUAUAUAUAUAUAUAUACAUAUAUAUUCAUUUUAAAAUUCCAUUUAUAUGCUGCUGUUUAGUCACAAUGUUGUGGGUAAUUCAGGCUCAUUACGGAGUGCAGCAUUUACUUAGCUAACCCAAUGCAAACAACCGUCCCUAGUCAUGGUGCAAAAAAAAAAUCCAAUUCAUUUUAAAAGUCCAUUUAUAUGCUGAUGUUUUGUCACAAUUUUGUGGGUAAUUCAGGCUCAAGAACAAGUACAGCAUUUAGUUGGCUAACCCAAUGCAAAAAACCUUCCAACUUUCCCUAGUCAUUGUGCAAAAAAAAAAAAAAAAAUUCAAUUCCUUUUAGAAGUCCAUUUAUAUGCUGCUGUUUUGUCACAAUCUUGUGGGUAAUUCAGACUCAUCACCAAGUACAGCAUUUACUUAGCUAACUCAAAGCAAACAACCUUCUUUUAAAAUUCCAUUUAUAUGCUGCUGUUUAGUCACAAUGUUGUGGGUAAUUCAGGCUCAUUACAGAGUGCCGCAUUUACUUAGCUAACCCAAUGCAAACAACCGUCCUUAGUCAUGGUGCAAAAAAAAAAUCAAAUUCAUUUUCAAAGUCCAUUUAUAUGCUGAUGUUUUGUCACAAUUGUGUGGGUAA